AUGGCUAUUCUUGAGCUUGAGCAACCAGCAGCUUCCGUCGAGCUGUCGAAAAUUGCAGUUUCUGAUACACAUGGUGAAGACUCUCCUUAUUUCGCUGGAUGGAAAGCGUAUGAUGAUGACCCUUAUCAGGAAAUAACGAAUCCCACCGGUGUUAUUCAGAUGGGACUAGCUGAAAAUCAAGUUUCUUUCGAUAUUCUGGAAGAGUACUUAGAACAACACUCAGAAUCGAGUAGCUGGGGGAAUGCAAAAAGUGCUGGAUUUCGAGAAAAUGCAUUAUUUCAAGACUACCAUGGACUAUCAUCGUUUCGAAAGGCAAUGGCUAGUUUCAUGGAACAAAUUAGAGGAGGAAAAGUAAAGUUUGAUUACAACAGAAUAGUCCUAACUGCAGGAGCUACUGCUGCAAACGAACUCUUAACCUUCAUUAUCGCCGACCCUGGAGAUGCUCUAUUAGUCCCAACUCCUUAUUAUCCAGGAUUUGAUAGAGAUUUGAGGUGGAGAACUGGAGUAAAUAUUGUCCCAAUUCAUUGCGACAGCUCAAACGGCUUUCAGGUGACUCCUGAAGCAUUAGAGGAUGCAUACAGCAGAGCAGAAGCUCUGAAAAUGAAAGUAAGAGGAGUUCUGAUCACAAACCCGUCGAAUCCCUUAGGUGCUACUAUUAACAGAAAAGUGUUGGAAGAGAUAUUGGACUUUGUUUCGCGUAAAAACAUCCAUCUUGUAUCAGAUGAGAUCUACUCAGGUUCUGUUUUCUCCCCUGAAGACUUUACCAGUAUUGCAGAAGUACUCGAAGCUCGAAACUUCAGAGAUGCAGAGAGAGUACACAUUGUCUACAGUCUGUCAAAGGAUCUUGGACUACCCGGUUUCAGAGUAGGAACAUUGUAUUCUUACAAUGAUAAGGUUGUUACUACUGCAAGAAGAAUGUCUAGUUUUACAUUAGUAUCAUCUCAGACUCAGUAUCUGUUAGCUGCAAUGCUGUCAGAUGAAAAAUUUACCGCGAAUUACAUCAGGACUAACAGAGAAAGGCUAAGGAAACGUUACGACUUGAUCAUCAAGGGGCUAAGGAAAGCCGGGAUUGAAUGUUUGGAAGGAAAUGCAGGGUUGUUUUGUUGGAUGAAUUUAAGUCCAUUCCUCGAAAACCCGACACGAGAGUGUGAGUUAGAGUUAUGGAGAUCAAUUGUUGAUGAGGUGAAGCUAAACAUUUCACCUGGUUCAUCCUGUCAUUGUUCUGAACCUGGGUGGUUCAGGGUCUGUUUUGCAAAUAUGAGUGAACAUACACUAGAAAUUGCAUUAAAAAGGUUAAAUAAUUUUAUGGAAGAAAGGAAUUUUAAAGAAAGAAAUUAA